UGAACGAAGCAUUAUUUUGCAAAUCCACGAAUUAAAAUCCAAGAAAACAUGACUAGAAGCCUAAAGAAACUCUUACUUGCACUUGAUUCAUCCUUGAGCAGCUGUAGCAGUCUACACACACAGACACACACACAGACACACAGACACUGUAACUGCACCCACCUGUACUGCCCCGUGUCCUCGUGAGCCCCUCUCCAAUGGAAUGGUGACCUACUCACCUUCUGAUGACCCUCCACCAGUUGGAGCAGUGGCCACUUUCUCUUGUGACACUGGCUAUGAACUGAGUGGUGCUAGUAUGAGGAAUUGUGUGGCUGUCAGUGGAUGGAGUACAUCUCUACCAGUUUGCAAUCCUGUUGACUGUGGUUCCCUGGACGCCCCCUCCAAUGGAGCAGUGGACACAUCCUCUGGAACCACCUUCAUGAUGACUGCUACCUACACCUGUAUCACUGGAUACAACAUUGCUGGAUCGGACACUCGAACUUGUGGGGCUGAUACACAGUGGACUCCAGAUGCCCCCACCUGUGCACCUGUUGACUGUGGUCCCCUCACUGUUCCUAACGGGCAAGUUAAUACAUCCUCUGGAACCACCUUCAUGAACACUGCCACCUAUACCUGUGAUGAUGGGCACAAUCUCAAUGGAGCAUCAGAUAGAACCUGUCAAGCUAAUGGAGCCUGGAGCCUAACAGCACCUACCUGUGAUCCUGUUGACUGUGGUCCCCUAAAUAACACUGCCAAUGGACAAGUCAGUACAUCCUCUGGAACCACCUUCAUGAUGACUGCUACCUACACCUGUAACACUGGAUACGACAUUGUUGGUAGUGAAAGCAGAACUUGUGGAGCAAAUGGAACAAGUGGAGUGUGGUCAGGAGAAGCUCCAGUGUGCAACUCCAUACAGGUGAUCACCUCCAGUGGUCUUCCAAUGGCUGGUCAGAGUUUCUCCCUCACUUGUUCCCUGAGUGGAGGGGCCUCUCUACAACCCACCCUCUCCUACCAGUGGACGAGGGAGGGAGGGUCACUCAUGACCAGCACAGCAACCCUCAACUUUGACACUCUCUACUUGUCAGACGCUGGUCAGUACAGCUGUCAGGUCAUCCUCACCUCCAGUCAGCUUGAGGGGGAACACACUGUAGCUGCUCACUACACCAUUGAGUUCAUGAGCCUGCACAUUCAACUUGGUCUGGAGGGAAUAACAAACUGCAGAGUGUACACUGAACUAGAACGCUGAUAUGAAAACAGAUGACAUCACCAAUAGUCUGACACAAGGCAUUGAAAGCCAGUGUGCCUGUGGAUUCAACUCUUCCCUCAUUUUGACAUUGUUUGUUCCGAUGCCUCCCCUAGUCAUGUGACCUAUCGAGCUGUGCUCACUGGAACAGAGAGUGUGUCCACCAUACAACUGGCUAGGCUAAUGGAACAGUGGGUUGAGAAUGAUCCAAUCGUUGUGGUGCAGAGUGCAGGCCUCAGUGUGACUAACAGUUGUUCGAUUGUCAUUGCUAACCUCAAUAGUCCAGAAUGCCCUGAGGACAUCACUAAUCGGACAACCUCCUCAAGUGAAGCUGUGAACAUUGGUGCUGUAGCUGGGGGAGUGGUUGCUGGAGUUGUGGUUGUGACUAUUGCAGUGUUAGUGGUCAUAGCAGUGGUGCUGUUGGUAUGGAGACAGCGGAGGUAUGGGUCAAAGGACAUUGACAACAAAACCAGCAUCACAACAACAGAACUACCCCCAGUGGUGAUGAGUCAUCUCCCCUCCCCUGAUUACGAGGGGUUGAGCAAACUACAGGAGGAGGCUACCUAUGAGGUGGUGGACCAGCCACGCCCCCCUCCUCCUGCUGUCUAUACCAGCUCUCAGCCUGUGCAGCUUAUAUAUGCAUCCACUGACUGCAACACAGAGAACAAGUAGACACUAUAACAACACAGUCUUGUUUGUCAAUGUAUGUGUCACUGUUUCAUGUAGUCGUAUUGUAGUUUUAGGCCACUGUUAGUUGCAUACUUGUUUCAGAUGAGAAUACUAGCUCGACCCGAUGAGGGAGGGAGGUCUUCAUUACCCAUUAUUCCAUUAUUUGAUGAUGUCAUAUCCUGUUUUUUUAAGUGACGAAAAUAUACAAAAGGA